AUGCCCACCGCUGACGUAACCUCCUCUUGUUCCUUGCCUGCACAACAACGACAACAGUCACUGCGCGGCAACCCAAGUGCUUCAAGGAGGAUGGACGACGAAUCGCUUCUCAAUUUCUUGUCGUCGUUUCCACCACCACCACCACCACCACCACUAGCAUUGUCUGCAACAACCAUCAUGCCGUUUGGUGGUGGUGGUGGUAGAGACCUUGUGGCUAUCCUUGACGAAGCUCUGGAACUGAUCUACGAUACAACUAGCGAGAUGAAUGACCCAUGCUUUCGUCGACUACUCGAUCAACAACAGAAUGUUCUUGGUCCAAGCCAAUAA